GGCUCACAAUUAGCCCCUGAUCUAGACAUGAUUACAUUUUCUUCUAUAAAUAGGAGCAUUCUCCUUCAUUGUAAACACACCAUUAUCACACUUCUAAUAACAUCUUUCUCACUAAGUAUUCAGACUAUACUUUCUCUCCCUGAUCUUCUGCUUAUUUCCUUCCAUAUUAUAACACGUUAUCAGCACAAAUUUGCUCCAAAUCCGUGAAAUCAUCAUCUUCCCAGCAGUAUUAUGGCACAUAUUAGCAAAAGAGAGUUUGACGUCCUUGAUUUAUCUGGCCAAAAGUAUUUGGAAUGGAAAGUUGACGCUUUGGCACAUUUGAAAGCAAAUGCCCUUGAAAAUACAAUUGCUGAAAAUAAUUCAGCCACUCCCCAAAAUAAGGCAAAAGCCAUCAUCUUUCUUCGUCAUCAUCUUCAUGAAAGUUUGAAAUCUGAGUAUUUAUUGGUAGAUGACCCUAAAGAAUUAUGGGAUAAUCUCCAAGAAAGGUAUGGCCAUCAACAAAAGGUCCUUUUACCAAAAGCUCAAUAUGACUGGAUCAAUUUACGAUUCCAGGAUUACAAAUCUGUAAGUGACUACAAUUCUGCUUUGUUCCAAAUAACAUCAAAACUAAAGUUAUGCGGACAAAAAGUCACUGAUGCUGAAAUGUUGGAGAAAACUUUGUCCACUAUGCAUGUUUCAAAUGUGCUUUUACAAGAGCAAUAUAGACAAAAGCAUUUUCAAAAGUAUUCUGAUUUGAUAUCAGUAUUACUAUUUGCUGAGACGAAUACCGACAUUUUGAUGAGAAACCACAAUAUGAGACCCACGGGUUGUAGCCCGGUUAGUUUUGGUCCACCAAAUCAUGGUUCAAAACAUGAAUCAAAUGCAACCCAUAGUGGUGCUCGUGGACAUUUCAAACGUGGUCGUGGUAUUGGUCGUUAUAAUGGACCUAGCCGGGGAAACAGAGUAGUAGCUCAUUUUACAAAGGCAAGGGUAAGCAAAACCGCCAUCAAACAAAGAACCCGACGAAAUCUUCAGAAAAGGCCAAAGUCACUUGCUUUAAGUGUGGCACGUCGGGACAUUGGGCAAAUAAGUGUCGUACACCUAGACACUUGAUUGAUUUAUAUAAAUCAUCUCUAAAAGGAAAGAAUGUGGAAACUAAUUACGUCAACGAAAAUGAUCCACCAAUGCCCACAUUCAAUGUGUCUGAUUUCUAUAUGGACAAUAAUGAGAUGAACACCGACAUCAUUA